CAGAACUGCCAAAGAGUUCUUUACAGAUACGUUGUCUCUAAACUUGACAUACAUCAACGCGCUGUGUCAUCCGAACAAGACACAGGUGCAAAGAUGCGAGCUGGUGCCAGUGCCAUAGAGACUCUCCACUUGCGCGAGUUCCACCUGCGCCACGUCGGCGCUGAGCAUGGAGGUAAGAAUAGAGGGAGACGCCGUGAUGUCACAGCUGUGAAGCUAUGUGAAGCCGAGGGUAGCCAUCUCAAUCCGACCAAAACAUUGCUGCUGUAAGCUUGUGUGCAUAGGCUGGUCGCUCACUUUUGGAAGGAUUUUGCGCUAUUAUGGUGACUUGUGUGGUGUUCGGAUGUACGAAUCUUUCUGAUUGUGAUGCGAAAUCGAAGGGAAUAACAUUUCAUGUGUAAGUUGUCUCGUUAAGUGUGAUUUUACAACUUCAUUGUGAAUGAACGUGUGCUACAUCGGUACUUGUACUAUAGCGUGUUUUUCUCCUGUAGAUUUCCUAAAAAUGAAAGUCGGAAAGCUCUGUGGGAGAAUGCCGUGAGGAGGAAGAAUUGGUGUGCGUCUAAAUGGAGCACUAUAUGUUCUCAGCAUUUCCGAGAAGAGGACAUAGACUGAACUUCCGUUUCAACAGUAAGGCUCCGAGAAAAUGCUGUACCAUCAGUUUUCCCUACACACCCAAAACAUUUGCAAAAGGAUUGUCAGCGAACAUGGCGUUAUCGUUUGAACAAAGGAAAUGGAUGCUAAAGUGUUACUGGAAAACAGAGAAUUACAGAGUUGGAAGGGCACGAUAUAAUGAAAUCAAUUGCCUAUCAAUGUAUGUGUCAAGGUCUCACUGCAAUAUUGUGAAGAAAGACAAAGGAUUAUACAUAAUAGAUGGUGGGAUAAAUUAUGUUGUAAUGCGAGGUUUUAAUGAAGAUGAAGUGUGCAGUUUUGUGGAGUUAACAAAAGAGAAAAAUGUUGAUGUAAGAUUUAUCGAGUACAUGCCUUUCAGCGGCAACAAAUGGAAUGAUGGGAACAUGGUCUCAUUUAGUGAAAUGCUCCAAAUAAUUAGAAAGCAGUGGCCUAAUUUUGAUCCUCUUCCCAAUGGGCCCAAUGAUACCUCAAAGAGAUGCAAUACGAAGCAAAUGCAGUGAGGAUGACUUGCUUGCCAUGAUUGGGGCAGCAGUGAGAAGAAAGAAGAAACAACAUGGAGGCAUGCUGAACCUGUCAAAGA